AUGUUUACAGCUGCUACCAACUUCUUUCGCCGACGUCCCGUCACUGUGGCUGACCCCGCCAUCUGUGGUUCUCCUGGAACUUACGAGGUCCCCUUAUACACAAAUGCCGCAUACUAUCCGAACUGGAGGGUUUACAGAAAACAACCACCUUCAUCCUUGCGAUUGGGCUUCAUUUCACAUGUAUUCUACUCUUUUGCUUGGGUAAAAGAAGAUGGAACUGUUUUUUUGAGCGAUGAGUGGGCUGAUACUCAAAUGCCGGUGGAUGGCACCGAAGGAUGCCUGCGGGCCUUUGUGCAGUUGAAACAACAAUACUCUCAGAUGAGAGUUAUCCUUUCUGUUGGUGGCGGUGGGAAAGGUAGUGAGAACUUCGCCGCUGUUGCUCACGACCCUUCUCGUCUUGAAACCUUUGUCCGUACAGCCCGCGAGUUGGUUGAUCAGUACGGAUUGGAUGGUAUCGAUAUUGAUUGGGAACAUCCUGCCGACUCCACACAAGGAAAGGAUUAUGUUCGUCUUCUCGCGCGCCUUCGUGAAGUCUUACCCUCUCCAUAUGUCCUAGCUACGUGUCUCCCUGCAGGUGAAUGGGCACUUCAGAAUAUUGACCUUUCCGCGGCGCAUAAGUAUCUGGACAUGAUCAACCUCAUGACUUACGAUUUCUACGGGCCUUGGGAGCCUGAGACCGGUCACCAGGCCCAGCUUUAUGGCACCCCUACCUCAUGUUACCUAGCAGUCACUUAUAUCUUGUCCCAGGGAGUCCCUUCACGUAAGGUGAUCCUCGGCAUUCCCACGUAUGGCCGCUCAUUUCUUGCUUGCAAUGGACCCGGUCAAAAAUAUAGCGAGCUUGGUGGCGAGGAUGGGGUCUUUGACUACCGAGAUCUACCUCGUCCAGAGGCUCAAGAGAUUCUGGACAACCAAGCCGGCGCCGCUUAUUGUGUUGGUGGAGAUGGAGGAUUUGUUACCUACGACAUCCCUGCUACGGUGCAACAAAAGGCACAGCUGGUGACAACAACAAAGUUGGGAGGUCUUUUCUACUGGCACAUCUGCUCCGACUCUCGGGGCCCACGAAGCCUGAUUGAAACCGGUUAUAACACCUUGCAUGAUAUGUAG